CGCUAAAAUAGCAGAUGGGAGUCUAACAUAACGUCUCAUGGUGUUAAUGUAAGUUGAGGAUCAGGAUAAGAAACUUUUCAUUGGAAUUAUGUUCCCUUGUCCGUCAUCUUCCCGCAAUAAUAUGAUGUCCAAAUUUAGUCAUCAAAAGUCAUGUCUCUUUGCACAAUCCAGAUGAAUGAUCUAUAAUUUUUAACUCUUGAUUUUCCGUAAGAGCACCACCCCAAUAAAAGUAUAUAUAAAAAUUGUUCCCAUUAUGGAGCAUUAACGUUCAAAAACUUACACUUUUUCAUCUACUAAUAGAAAAAUACAUCCCUUUUGGAGGAGUAUUCUGGAGGCUCAAGAAGUUGUUAGAAAAGGGUUGUCGAAGACGGGUGGGUAAUGAAAAGGAUACCUCGGUAUGGCGGGACAGUUGGUUACCUGGCAAAGGAAGUGGAAUGGUUUCAUCCCCAAGACCGCAUGGCAUUGUUGAAAUGAAUGUGGCGGCUUUGAUCAAGGAAGACAAAUCCGGGUGGAAUUUACCACGGUUGAGGGAGCUUUUUUUGCCAGAGGAAAGGACUGCCAUUCUAAGCAUUCCUAUUAGUCGCAGAGACACCACUGAUAGCUAUUGGUGGAACGGUGAGGCUCGAGGAGCAUACACUGUAAAGAGUGGCUAUAGGAUCCUCAAAGGGGAGUGCUUAAUGGCCGGUGAGCUGGUCGGGAUAGACUACUAUGUGGGGUUUCUUCAUCUCACCAAAGAUUAAGCAUUUUUUCUGGCGAGUUAUGGUUGGCGUUCUGCCCACGGCAGUAAAUCUACGAAAAAGACGAGUGGAUAUCCCGGUUCAAUGUCGUUUCUGCAAUGAGGAAGCUGAAACAUCACUGCACAUUUUUAGAGACUGUAGGUUUGUCCGAGAAGUUUGGGGCAAGCUGGGAAAUAAAUUCCAUUUACCAGUCAGGGUGUAUACUUGAUUGGAUUCAGUAAGUAUUUGAGGCUGCAGCAGAGGAAACUUUGUGUACAUUCAUAGUCACUCUUUGGAGUAUUUGGAAGUUAAGAAAUGAUGUGGUAUGGAAAGGAGCUAGUUUUGAUGGUUCCCAUGUGGUUCUUGGUGGUGCAGCAACAUUGCAGGGCUAGAGGGCUGCCCAAGUUUAAAAAAAAACAGCAUGUUAACAUGGUGGAGUCACAUACCAGUUGGAAGAAACCUGCAACAGGAGUCAUUAAAGUCAAUGUAGACGGGGCACUAAACAUUGACAGGGGAAAGCGGGCUUUGGCCUGGAUAGCUCGGGACGAUAUGGGGAACUUUAUACGAGGAGGUAUGAACACAGUUUCAGCGGAUUGGACAACCCAUAUAACAGAAGCUAUCGGCGUUAGGGAGGUACUUUCUUGGGCUAAAGAGCAAGGUUGGAGUCAAGUGGAGGUUGAAAUAGAUGCUUUGCUUAUAAUAUCUAGAUUGUAGGAGGAGAUUGGGAGUUCUUACUUUGAUUUAAUAGUGGAGGAUAUUAGACUAUUGCUUCAAUGUGAGGCUAGAAUGUGAGUUAAUCAUUGCAAACGGUUGACGAAUCGGGUUGCUCACACUCUUGCUAGAGCGGCCCUUUCCAUGACAUACGGUAGUUUUUACUUUGAUUUAGCUCUUAGUUGUUUUGAUUUUCAUUCAAAAAAAAUAGAAAAAUACAUCACAAAUACUUUUCCAGAUAAGCAUUUAAAUAAUCUCAAAGAAGAUAUUCAGUUUGGUGUUUGUGAUACAGUUUCAGGUUAAAUGAAGAAUAAAAAUGUAAAAUAAGAAAAGAACAAUAACAUGUUAAAUUCACG